AUGUCUGGACAUAUACCCAAGCACUAUCAAAUCAAUAACUUCACUUUCGAGGAUGGGACCGGUCCGACGUCAAUCCAACUAGCAUUCUUAGAUAUCAAUCCAACUGCGGACAAGGUAGCUCUUGUUAUAACCUGUUUCCGAGGCCGACUUCCGGCUACCUUGAACUUCAGUCAAGGCGCCCUCAAGGCCCACAGGGUCAUUGUGGUGGCAUUGUUUGGGAAUGGCGAAUCUUCAAGUCCAUCCAAUAUGACGAACUUCCCUCAAUCGCCGAACUACACAGAUUGCGUCCGUGCACAACACCAAUUGAUCAGUUCACAUCUCAACAUCGAAGUUAUUGAUGUGGUGGUUGGCUUCUCCAUGGGGGGUCAGUGCUCGUACUACUGGACACUGAUGUACCCCGAGUUGGUUCGGAAUGCGGUCAUCAUCUGCUCUUCGGCCCGUACCAGCCGUCACAACUACCAGUUCCUUGAGGGACCAAAGGCUGCGCUGGAAUAUGCUGCCGAUUACCGGAAGGGAGAUAGUAAUGCACCAUCUUCUUCAAAGCCGCUAGGCGCGCUGCGGGCCUUUGGUAAAGCAUACUCGGCGUGGUUGACAAGCCCCGAGUGGUUUGAGAAGGAGAUGUACAAGUCUUUGGGACACGAGACAUUGAGUGAUUGGGAUAAGGAGGUGGCCGGAACAAACUAUCACAAUUGGCAUCCUGACGACUUGCUCGUGAUGCUUGGCAUGUGGCAGAGAGGAGAUGUGACUUUGAUCUCGGGAGAUGAAUCUAUACAAGAAGCGUUAUCACGGAUCAAGGCGCGUGUUCUGGUUAUGCCGUGUUCGACAGAUCAGUACUUCCGUUGGGAGGCAUCUGAAAAGGAGUCUCGUGUUAUUCCCCAUUCUACAUUCAAGGUUAUACCAUCUGCAUGGGGCCACCUGGCUGGGUUAGGUUGUAACGCAGCAGACAUAGACUUUAUGGAUCAGGCGAUAGCUGAGUUUCUGAGGGGGUAA